AUGGACAUCAGUGAUCUUCUCGUUAGGCACGAGAAACUCGUUCACCUUAAUGAUGGAAACAAAGAUAGCAAGCCGCAAAGAAGGGCCUCUUCUAGCACAACCUCCCAUAAGGCAUCAAUCUCGGACAACCAUAUCGACGCAGAACCUAUAGGAUUGCACGCAGCUUCCAUCAAUGAACAUGGGUCACUUCAACAUCAAGAGCCGUCACAGCAUCAGGCGGCAUAUCAUCACACGGCUGUCAACCCAGGAGUUGGAUCUGGCCACCACCACCUCACACAAGAUCCCCAUGCUGCUACUCCACGAUCUGUCGCCUGUAAUCUUGACGUUCUCUCGGAUGCUGCUUUGGCAACAGAGGUUAAUACGAUAUCACCGAUGCUAAAUGACAUGUCGCAGCAGGGGACUAUUCAUCAAGGCAGAGUCAAAAGUUUCGAUGAACCCAUGGGAGGUUAUUCUGAGCGUCCUCGUCACGAAGAAUCCGAACCUAUGCUGUCGUCAGGCUUUGCAACCCAGCCUCCGCAACCCGUUUACGACGAUUACAAUCUUUUCUUGGAUGACAUCGCUGGCUCUGCGUGUCUUUUGCCCCCGCAUUUUGAGUCCGAUCAACAGUUUAGUAUGUGGGCAAGGGCACCCGGACAAGUGAAUCCGAGAGGCAACUCUCGGCCUUCAUCGCAGUUCCCUUCUCGCUUCGGUUCUCUAGCCCCUGAUAUCCGAGAGCCGAUUGAUACAGGGCAGCGGUUGCAUGAAGACACGUUACGAACAAACUUACUCCGAAUUUCGGUCGCAGAUUAUAAUAUAAUGAAGAGUCAUCUCGAUGAGUUUUCGGCUGUUUUGCCAAAUGAUUUCAUCUUUCCCUCCCGUCACACACUGUCACGAUUUUUCGAGGGCUACAUCGGCGGAUUUCACGACCACUUACCAUUUCUGCAUUUACCCACUCUGGUUCUUGUCGACAUGGCUCCGGAGUUGCUUCUGGCAAUACUGGCAGUUGGUGCUCAGUACAGAUUCGAGAACAAUAGAGGUUAUGCGUUAUGGUAUGCGGCUAAAACCGUUGCAAUGGAACAAAUUAGGAGGAGGCACAGCUCCGAAGUACAUGCCUUGCUGCCAACAGCCGCAUCCUACAGCCCUCACUCAACAAGACCGUCCCCUAGCAUAAGCUAUAGGCACUCUUUUGCAUCGGCCCAAUCCGAACGAACCGUUACACAUGAUACCCAUCGCGAGCCAUACUCUCCCAAUACGCCAGGAGCUAGGCUUGAAACUAUCCAGGCAGUCCUUCUUCUGUUUGCCGUUGGCCUGUGGGGGGCCAAAACAAUUCUUCAAGAAGCUUUGUCUUUGCAGAGCAAUUUGGCAAUUCUUAUCCGCGAGGAACGUCUGAACGUAGAGACCAGGCCGUCAUCUCUCAAUGAAUGGGACACGUGGAUACGACUAGAAGGGGCCAAUCGAACAAAACUAAUCGCCUUCUGUUUCUUUAAUCUCUGUAGCACAGCAUAUGAUAUACCGCCACUACUUCUUACCGCCGAGCUUAAUUUGUACAUGCCAGCACGAUCAAGACUUUGGAGAGCGGAAUCUGCUUGGCAAUGGCAAGAACUGCGGCAGACUACUCCUAUGGCCGAUAUCACGACAUCGUUUGCCGCUGGCUCGUCAUAUGAUGUUCAACGAACAUUGAAACCAGAGGAUGUUGAGGAGAUAUCGCAGGCACUGCGAGUGUGGCAGACUAGCUUCGGACAUCGUCACCAGCUUCGGGCUGCAGAGUCUGGACAUUCAAUGAACACUGACCCGAGCUCUGGGGGAUCGCUUGCAUUCAACUCCACCGCUCUUCUACGGCUGGCGUAUAUUCGCUUACAUACGGACGUCCCUCCGAGCCGUGCUCUUGAAACAAGAGACUCGUUGAUGAUUGCAUCGGCACUGGACAGUACGCCCUUGUUACAUCGCAGCUCAAGACCAAACCGAGCCGUGUUUGAGGCCGUUCAUGUCCUGUCUAUGCUUGUCAAGGCUGGUGUCAAUUACGUUGCAAGAGCAAAGUCUGCUGAGUGGAGCAUACAACAUUCACUCUGCAACUUCGAAUGUGCGAUUUUACUAGCCAAAUGGCUUGUCACGCUAUCUGCAAUAACACCAUCGGACCCAGCACCAUCACUGGAAGAGAGGAAUCUCCUCGAGUACAUUCGACGGAUGUUAGAUGAAACGGAAUUCGCAGUUCCCAUCGAUCCUUCACUUGCUGGGCCGAGUUCGAUUUCUGGGCCGAUGGAAAUGGUGGCUAGCGACGGUGCAAAAUUGAGGCAACUUGCAAGUGCUGUCGUUCGAUUAUGGGCAGAAACUUUCAAAGGAGUGCAUAUAUUUGACAUGGUUAAAGUAAUGGGCGCAAGCCUAGAUGGUCAUGCUGAUCUUGUGGACAAACCGCGAGAACGUAACCCCUCUAUGACUAGGAUGGCGCCUGAAGUUGGCAUAACUUAA